ACGUCUGUGCACGCGACGUGCACGCACACCUAAUUGCUAUGGACAUGAAAAACACAUCUCAAAAAAUAACAGUUACAAGAGGUCUGGCUGGAGCUGAUGCACAACCCAGUUUUCUGCAGCGCAUCCACUUCUGAGGCUAAAUACCGGCAGAUCCUUGACAUCAAAGCCAAGUCCUCCCUGGCCGUGCCAUUAGUGAUUGUCCCUUUGCAGCUGGGAUCUCACAACAUUGAGGUCAAGGCAGCAGUGCAGGACAGUUUUGUAUCUGAUGGCAUGAAGAAGAAACUGAAGGUUGUGCCGGAAGGGUUGAGGAUGACCAAAACAAUUAUGUCUGUCCUAUUGGAUCCAUCUACGAAAGGAGCAGGGGGAGUCCAAGAAGUGAAGGUGAAAGCGGCAGAUAUAGAUGACAUGGUUCCAGACACAGAAUCGGAGACCAAAGUCAGCAUCCAAGGAAACCUGGUGACAAUGAUUGCCGAAAACUCCAUUGACGGGGCCAACCUGAAGCAUCUCAUUGUGACGCCGUCCGGCUCUGGGGAAGAGAACAUGAUCGGCAUGACCGCCCCCGUCAUCGCCACCAUCUACCUGGACAGCACCGAGCAGUGGGAAAGGAUCGGGGUGGAACGUAGGGCCGAAGCCAUCAAGUUGAUCAUGCAAGGUUACACGCAGCAGAUGGCUUACAAAAAACCUGACUUCUCAUACUCUGCUUUCAAAGCCCGGCCAUCAAGCACUUGGCUGACGGCGUACGUGGUGAAGGUCUUUGCCAUGGCUAAGAAACUGGUGCCCAUUGAAAACCAAGUUAUCUGCGGGGCAGUGAAAUGGCUGAUCCUGGAAAAGCAGAAACUGGAUGGGGUCUUCCAAGAAGAUGCCCCCGUAAUCCGCGGAGAGAUGGUUGGAGGGUACAAGGGUGCUGAGCCUGAUGUCUCUUUAACAGCUUUUGUGCUGAUUGCAUUGGAAGAGGCCAAGGACAUCUGCAAGGAUCAAGUCAACAGGUUGGAAGUCAGCAUCGGCAAAGCCGGUGACUACCUAGCCCAAAGGUACCAGUCUCUAACCAGACCGUACACUGUGGCUCUUGCGUCCUAUGCCUUAGCCAUGGAGGGGACACUGGACACUGAGAAGACGCUCAUGAAAGCUUCGACAGGGGGAAAUCGCUGGGAAGAGCGGAACGCCCGCACCUUCAACAUUGAGGGCACCUCGUACGCCUUGCUGGCCUUGCUGAAAAUGAAGAAAUAUGAGUUGGCAGGUCCCAUAGUCAGAUGGCUGAGAGAGCAGAACUACUAUGGAGGGGGCUAUGGAUCUACCCAAGCGACCAUCAUGGUGUUCCAGGCUCUUGCGCAGUACCAGAUAGACAUUCCGCAGCACAAAGACCUGAAUUUGAUCGUUUCUAUUUUCCUGACACAUCAUUCUAGGCCUAUAAAGUACAGAAUCUCAAAUGAGGACGCUCUAGUGGCCAGAACAGCAGAGCUCAAAUGGAAUGAAGACUUCACUGUGAAGGCAGAAGGAACUGGACAAGCAACAGUAACAGUAACAAUAAUUUAUAACGCAAAACGAAAGGAAGAUGAAUCUCAGUGUAAGAAGUUUGACCUGAGGGUAUCGGUCGAAGAAGCCCAGGGUGUUAAGAAGCCGGAUGGAGCGAUGCGUUCAGUCUAUAUUAAAAUCUGCAUCAGGGCGCCGGAAGCCACGGUCAGCGGACCUCCUCCAUCAUCGUUGGUGGAGGAACCACUGCCACCUGUAGUGGCAGAGCAUCCCACAGAUGCGGAGGCCUCGCAGCGUAUGGACGAGCCCCCACCGGAAGCAUUGAUCCAGGGCCUGUCAUCGUCUUCCUCGCCAGAUGAGGCAGUAGCGGGGGCCUCCACAUCAGGCCCUCCACCGAUUGACCUGCGGGCCCACCAAGACCUGCUUCGACGGGUGGCCCAGAGCAUUAACCUCCCUGUCGAGGAGGUUGCUGAGGACGAUGACCCGGUGACCACCAUAAUUGGAGCUGAGGCCCCGCUGCGGGUGGCCUUGCCCUUCAUUCGGACCAUACAAAGAAAUGCCAAUACAGUGUGGCAGUCACCGGCUUCCAUCCCUCCCACCGCUCGAGGGGUGGAAAGGAAAUACUCAGUUCCACCCAACGGGUAUGAGUAUUUAUACACGCCCCCACCUCCGGACUCUUUGGUAGUGCAGUCCGUUAACGACCGGGAGCGGCAUGGGCAACCAGCUCCAGCGCCAAAAUCAAAAGAAGCGCAGAGGAUGGAUCUGUUGGUCCGGAAGGUCUAUUUGGCUGGUGGCCUCCAGCUAAGGAUUGCCAAUCAACUGGCUCUCCUCAGUCGCUACACGUACGAUACCUUGGUGUCACUCUCAAAGUUUACGGAGCUGCGGAGGUCCUUCCGGCAGCAGCCGUACCGCCAGUUUAACCAGGUCGGGCCAUGGCCUGAUAAUAGGCGCAGAGGCAGGGUGAAUCGCCGUAGACCGUCGGGCAACCGGGGUAAUCAGUCCCAAGCGCCCUCCAAGCCCCCUCAGGGGCCUAAGCAAGCCUUUUGA